UCACUCCAUAUGUGCAUAAGCUAUUUCAGAGGAUGAGCUAUGUGGCUAGGAAUUGCAUAAUUGAAGCUGCCAGGGAUGACACUUAUGAAGUGCAGCUGAAUGAUGACCAGGUUCUAGUUGACUUGCCAAAUUGGUCUUGUUCCUGCAAUCACUGGCAAUUAACAGGCAUCCCAUGUAUUCAUGCAUUUGCAUGCAUAAUGGAUCAGAGGGUUGAUGCUGAGCAGUUUGUCCACCCCUAUUACACUAUGGACACUUACAGAGCAGCAUAUGAGCCUGCAAUUCAACCUAUGCCAGGCCCAAAGCAUUGGGAGAGAGUGAACAUGAGAGAGCCUCAUCCACCAGCAUUCAAACAGCAGCCUGGAAGACCUAAACAGAAGAAGAGGAAGCUGGAACCUGGGGAGGGAACAUCUGCAACAGGAGGGGAGCAGGGAAGAAAGAGGAGGAAAAGUCAGUGUAGGAUUUGUGGUGGAUUUGGCCACUAUCCCAAGACUUGCAAGGGCCCACAUGAACCUGAACCAACUGAGCAGAGAACUGCAGGAAGGCCUCCUUUAAAUUCACCUUGGGUAGUUGAGCAAAGGAAGAAGAGGGAGAUCAAAGCUGCUAAGAAGAGUGCAAUAGGGGCUGGUCCAAACAGCAUUGGGAAUAGGACUUUUCCCCAAGAGCAACCUGGCUGUGAACCAUUGAGUAAGAGGAAAGGUUCACACAGUCAACAAGGGCAGCCACAAGCCAAGCAUCACACCACCCCCUCUUCCAGCCAACCUGAACCCAAUGCUACUGGAGUGCAGACAAGGAGGGCUAAGCUGCUGACUUCCAGACAAGGAGGGCUGACACAAUGAUGUUUGAAUUGUUUUUCUGAACUUUAGUUGUUGGUUGUAUUUUCUGAACAAUCAGUUGCAAUAUUUGUAGCUUUACUUUUGGGUAUAGGACAAGGAUCCUGUUUUGUUA